CUUAAAAUGGUUUAUUUCUCUUCUAAUUAAAAAAAAGGACAAAAACCAAAACAACAGCAAACCAAGCCACAAGCCAGUAAACCAAUGAUGUCUUUUGUGGAAAAACCAGAAAGGCUAUGGGACACGUGGAUUUAUAUGUCAUUAGUUUUCUCUAUUCCAAAACGUAUGUGUUCUAGCAUCCUGAGACACCUUGCAUAAUACAAUAUAAACACUGUGAUUCCAAUAGGUCAAAUGGGCAGGCAGUCAGUGUUUCUCUGUGGGAAGCUCAAUAAUUCAUUUUCUAAAUCCCAAUUCAAAGCCUACAUUGAGGUUAAGAAAAAUUGAUAUUCGGUCUGUGAACUUAAUGUCAAGCUUCAGAAAAACUCUGUGCAGCACAUGUUUAGCGAUUAAGUGGACGCAGACAAUAAAGACGUUGCCAGAUUGUAAAACAAGACUUGGAAAUUACAGAAAACGUGCUAGUUAUUGAUUAUGGUGACCAUUCAGUUCUCACUGAGCCACCCAAAACAAUCAUUCAUUUUCCAGCAGAGAGCCUGCUCAUUUGCAAGAUAAAGGAGAGACAUUUCUGCACAUGCCCAUAAUGUUCUUCACCACUGGGGGCAGCUUUACAUAAGACUGCAUUCACUGAAACCAAAGCAACAGUCCGAGCAGCUUUCAGAAUGACAGUCUGCAGAAGUGAGCUGAGCGUGUGCGCGCUACAGGGCUCUCCUGCCUGCUGGGCUCCGACGCAGCUCUGUGGCUGAACUGGGUGCUCACCACCAGAAAUGCUGGGCUAUGGAAUACAGAUGUGGCAGCUCAGGUAGCCCCACGUUGCCUGGAGGAAUACAUCAUGCUUUCCGAUAAGAAGAAAUUGUAGAAGCCAGUUGGGUUUUUUUUUUACACCCUAACCCCCCAAAACUGUAAAGAUGCAAAAACAUAAUAUCCAUGAAGAUCCUAUCACCUAGGAAGAUUCUGAUGUUCUGCUGCAAAUGCGGAGUGGGGAUUUAUUUGUUCUUGGAGUGUUCCGCGUGGCUGGCAGAGAAUAAUGUUCCAAAAUCGGUUCAUCUCCCAAGGGGUCCAAUUUUUCUUCCUGGGUGUCAGCGAGCCCUGACUCACUACAGUGCAACUGACAGGGGCUGUCAUGCAAGCGGCCCCUAAGCCAAAGCAAAAGACCUAAGGACGACCUUUGAACAAUACAAAGGAUGGGUUUCAAUGUAAUUAGGCUACUGAGCGGAUCAGCUGUAGCACUGGUUAUAGCCCCCACUGUCUUACUGACAAUGCUUUCUUCUGCCGAACGAGGAUGCCCUAAGGGCUGUAGGUGUGAAGGCAAAAUGGUAUAUUGUGAAUCUCAGAAAUUACAGGAGAUACCCUCAAGUAUAUCUGCUGGUUGCUUAGGUUUGUCCCUUCGCUAUAACAGCCUUCAAAAACUUAAGUACAAUCAAUUUAAAGGGCUCAACCAGCUCACCUGGCUGUACCUUGACCAUAACCAUAUCAGCAAUAUUGAUGAGAAUGCUUUUAAUGGAAUACGCAGACUCAAAGAGUUAAUUCUGAGUUCCAACAGAAUCUCCUAUUUUCUCAACAAUACCUUCAGACCUGUGACAAAUUUACGAAACUUGGACCUGUCCUAUAAUCAGCUGCAUUCUCUGGGAUCUGAACAAUUUCGGGGCUUGAGGAAGCUGCUGAGUUUACAUUUAAGGUCUAACUCCCUAAGAACCAUCCCUGUGCGAAUAUUCCAAGACUGCCGCAACCUGGAACUUUUGGACCUGGGAUAUAACCGGAUCCGAAGUUUAGCCAGGAAUGUCUUUGCUGGCAUGAUCAGACUCAAAGAACUUCACCUGGAGCACAAUCAAUUUUCCAAGCUCAACCUGGCCCUUUUCCCAAGGUUAGUGAGCCUUCAGAACCUGUACUUGCAGUGGAAUAAAAUCAGUGUCAUAGGACAAACCAUGUCCUGGACCUGGAGUUCCUUACAAAGACUCGAUUUAUCAGGCAAUGAGAUUGAAGCUUUUAGUGGACCUAGUGUUUUCCAGUGUGUCCCGAAUCUGCAGCGUCUCAACUUGGAUUCCAACAAGCUCACAUUUAUUGGUCAAGAGAUUUUGGAUUCUUGGAUAUCCCUCAAUGACAUCAGUCUCGCUGGGAAUAUAUGGGAAUGCAGCAGAAAUAUUUGUUCCCUGGUAAACUGGCUGAAAAGUUUUAAAGGGCUGAGGGAGAAUACAAUUAUCUGUGCCAGUCCCAAAGAGCUGCAAGGGGUCAAUGUGAUAGAUGCAGUGAAGAACUACAGCAUCUGUGGCAAAAGUACCACGGAGAGAUUUGAUCUGGCCAGGGCUCUCCCAAAGCCCACGUUCAAGCCCAAGCUCCCCAGGCCGAAGCAUGAGAGCAAACCCCCUCUGCCCCCUACGGUGGGAGCCACGGAGCCUAGCCCAGAGACUGAUGCUGACACGGAGCACAUCUCUUUCCAUAAAAUCAUCGCAGGGAGUGUGGCCCUCUUCCUGUCUGUGCUCGUCAUCCUGCUUGUUAUCUACGUGUCAUGGAAGCGAUACCCUGCGAGCAUGAAGCAGCUGCAGCAGCGCUCCCUCAUGCGAAGGCACAGGAAGAAGAAAAGACAGUCUCUAAAACAAAUGACUCCCAGUACCCAGGAAUUUUAUGUAGAUUAUAAACCCACCAACACGGAGACCAGCGAGAUGCUGCUGAAUGGGACGGGACCCUGCACCUAUAACAAAUCGGGCUCCAGGGAGUGUGAGAUACCAUUAUCAAUGAAUGUGUCAACCUUUCUGGCAUACGACCAGCCUACAAUAAGUUACUGUGGGGUGCAUCACGAACUUCUCUCUCACAAGACCUUCGAAACGAAUGCACAGGAAGACACAAUGGAAACACACCUAGAGACGGAGCUGGACUUGAGCACAAUCACAGCCGCUGGCCGAAUUGGUGACCAUAAACAGCAUCUGGCUUAACUGAGCUCUUCGGUAGCCAAGAGUUGCCACCAAACUUUGUAACCUCAAGGACAAAAAUGAGGAAUAUUUGUUCAUUGUGGACUCUAAAAACAAAACAAAAAAUCCCCUGUUAAAAUAAACAAAAAUCCAAGAUUGAUUCAUGAAAUAAAGAAGACAUGAAUUGUUUCAAGACUACACUUUGUAAUUAGCUAAGUUGUGCAGUAUUUUUUUGACUUAGAGUAUUUCCCUGGAAAAAAAUCUUUUUUCCCAAAACUCAUCCUACCUAUCUGUAAAAACUGUACAGAGCUAAUGUAUUUUUCAUAUUGUAAAAUUUCAAAAUUAUACAAACAACUGGUAUGUACAGUACCAUAAUUUAAUUACAUUUUAUGUUACAAACUUUACAUAUUUCAGUUUCUAAAAUUUUAAAUUAACAAAAAUUAUUUCUUGUGUUACUCAGAGUCACUCAGUUUUGUAGGGACUGUUUUGUUACUGCUUUUGUGCCCAGAAACCUUGACUCUCCAAUUCUGUGCUGUGAGAAACAUGCACGAUUUUUAUCAUGCUACUACGUAGAAUUUUAUCUACUUGUUCCAGAAAUAAUACAUUAACCAAAAAGGGUUUAAUUGUUGAUGCUUGUUAAGAAGUUCUUCAAUUACAUAGCCAGGUUUUUCUUAUAAAUGGAAAAAAAAUCAAAGAGUUUUUCUAACACUUCUUCACAGACUUAACUGUUGCCUUGAAUUACAGCCUAGUUUCUAAGUAGUGAAAUGUAAUCAUAAAGAGGGAUAUUUUAACAACAUAUUUCCGAAUGAAUGACUCAUUAUUUCAUUCUUUUGAAUAACCUAUUGUUAAGGGUGGGAGGGAAGCAUGGACAAAACAUCACUGGAAACAAAGGCCGUAACCACAGCAACAGACUUUGAAACGCUUAAAAGGUACAACUGUCAGUGACAAAGAAAAACUUGUUACAUGUCAGUACUUUCGGGCCAAGGUGGAAGAAUAGAGCAUAAUUGUACAGUAGCAAUUUUUCUCCUAAUUAACCCAAAGUGGUUUACCUAAAAAUAAUCAUCAGUCAGUGCAAAAUGUGCCUGGUUUUUAAGACAACUUCUUAUUUAGAAAUGUGAGGCUAUAUUUUGGGAACAUCUCAAAGAAAAUAUAUGAAUUUUUUAACUUUGUUUGCUACAUCAGUUGUCUCCUGGGAAAGGAGUCUAAACUUCCGCAGCUCAUUCAAUAUAGACAUGAGCUGUGGUGGAGAACUCAUUGCUCACGGAGACUGCAGGUAUCCCAAAAUAAUCUAAAUGGUUUAUAUUGCAGUCCAUAAAGAGAUUCACUUCCAAAUUAUCUGAAAAAAUAACCUGGAAUAAUUUGAAACCACUUCAGAUCAUAUAUUGAUUUUACACUUGUAUUAUAUAGUUAAUUCAAAUCAAAUUAUGAAUACCUGACCUUUUAGAGCCUGAAAUAAUUGUUUCUGGUGUUUGUUUGACAUAGGUUAUUGUUUGAAAAUAUUGGUUACUGUUGAAAAUAUUGCUAAUUUAUCUAUGAUAUUCACACAUUCUUUUGUGUGAUUUUUAAUAUAAAACUACAAGUUUCAAUUGCUGUUGCAGUAGAAGGAGCGCUUUUUUAUGUUGUCAUUUAUAAUCAUGACAUCAAAAAUAGGUCAAAAAUAUGUCAAUCUAACAGGGGUCAAACAAUCAAAUACAAUGAAGAAAACAAGUUGUAAAAACCAAUGUCGAAUGUUUAAUUUUUUAUUUCUUCUAAAAAUCAUACCUAUAAAAGUCUCUAGUUUUAUCAUGACAAAUUUAAGAGCAGCUUCAAGAAGAAUGAACUUAAAAAAUAUACAGCAAAUUUUUAUUAAAAAUAUCCAAAGUCAGAAAGAAAAAAUAUGUUGACAGAAGCAAACUCUCUUACUAAUUUAAAUCAAACUAAAUGUCAUAGUACGUGUGUCAAUUAUUUAACAUCCCAGAUUUUGUGGCAUAUUUUGCAUAAAUUAUUUGCUAUUCAAAAUUUUUUGUCAUUUUAAGUCAAAUUUUUAUUUUUUCAAUUUCUAACUUCUUUGCACACUAUUCUUAAUCCUCUAAGUUGAAAAUUUGCUUUGCACAGAUAAUAAAUUUAUAGAGUUAAUUAUAAAUGUAUUAUUUGUGUCUAAAAUCAAAUGCAAAAUUUAUUACUAUGUACAUCAAAAUGUCAUUUGCAAUUUUUCUUAUUAGAAGCUGGCCUUGCAAACAUUCAAAAAUCAUUUAAUUUGCAUAAAUAAGCAGUUUAUAUCUAUUUUCAGACAUUUUCAAAUUGAUAAAUGACUUUAAAAAUUUUCAGGUUAUAGGGAGCCUCAUAGAUAUAUGCCCUUGGUUUUCUGAAGCGAACCAGUUUCUUUCAACAUUUUAAGUUCAUCUAAAGUGAAAAACUUAAAUAGAAGCAGUCACCUUGGAAACCUAGCUCUGUGCAUCUAAGGACUUACUACAGUAGGAGCUAAAUAAACUAAGAAUUUUGAGAUUUCUCAUAUUUGAAAUUAAACUCAAAACAUCUUUAACAAAAACAAAGAGGAGGAGGAGGGAGAGGAAGCUGCUUCUGCUGCUGCUGCUGCUGCUGCUGCUGCUGGGUUGUUUGCUUAGUUUUCAUCCUGCCGCGCCCAGGGUAGGGGUUGGUGGGAGUGAGGACCUGCUAGAGAAGACUGUGUCUGGAACCAUUAUCACAUAUUUACAAUUUAUAUACUACACUUGUGUCUAAAACCUUUAUUUCUAACCUACCUUUUUCAGCAUUUGAUAACCCUCCUAACUACCUUGUCCCCAUGUUUCCCUUCCUGUCUAUGCUCACCUAUUUAAACAACUGAAAUGUUUGUGUUUGGAGUUGAAAAAUGCAGAAUUUGACCCCAACAUGGUUAUAACAACAGCAAGAGCUGUGGCAAACAAUAAAGUUAUGCGGAGGUUUAUAACCACAUUUCACAUAAAUUAUCUCAUUUUGUCUUCAUAAUCAUCCUAUGAAGACACAUUAGUCUCGAAGUUGAGGUUUACCCAAGAAUACAUGGCUAAUAAUUGUUGGGAUUGAAUCAAUCUCAAAGUUCAGAGCCUGUUAGUCUUUCCUCUAUAGUAAAAGCCUACUCUCUCUGACUGGAGCCAGAGAAUUUCCAGGGACAGUAAACAGAAUGAAAAAAAAAAAAAAGGUUAAUGUGCUAUUUAGUAAUUCCUAAUUUAAGUCAGUUCCUCUAUCUAUAUGGGCUAAGUGAACUUUUCCUGUGUGCUAUCCUGGGCUCUCACAUUAAAACUCUUUGUUCAAAAAGUAUAACAAGUUACAGACUUGUUAACAUAUUAUAUCUGUAAAUGGGCAGAACAGUUACUUACAGGAAGUGGAUGUAUAUUGGCCCUAAAGUAGACAUAAAAUCGAGAAGCACAAGAAAAGAAAUCAAAGAUCAUCUAAAUGGAGAUUGCGUGGGUAUUAUAGAACAGAUCCACAGUGCCAGUUUAUAUACAUGUUCAACUGAACACAUAAUAAAUUCAGAGCUAAUCUGGAAGAGCUUUAUAAAUUUUUUGUUCUUUUUUUUUGUUCCAACAAGACUAUUUCUUAAACCAUGAAUUCUUAUACAUGUUUUAAUAGAGAACUGUUUCUAUUCUGCUAAUAAAAAAUGAAUUGUAAUUUAUCCAAAAUGAUGUAUAGAGGCCAAAACAUGCUAACAGGCAAAUGAAAUUUUACUAAUUAGCUCAUUUUUAUCAAAUCUCUAGCCCUACUCCAUCCUUAAUAUUCCAGAAAAUCAUACAAUGAUACAGGUUUCAAUAUAAAUUAUAUCAUUAAGGGAAAGAAAGCAUGUCCAUGUAUAACAUUUGAAACAAAUGACGUGCCUGGGCCAGGUUGCUCGGUUGGUUAAAGCAUCGUUCUAGGCACCAGGGGGUUUCAGGUUCCACCCCAGGUCCAGGUCGGGGCAUAUGUAGGAGGCAGCCAAUCCAUGUUUCUCUCUCUCAUUGAUGUCUGUCUGUCUCUGUCUCUCUCCAUCUCUCUCUCUCCCUACCUUCUGUCUCUCUGAAAUCAAUAAACAUACUAUCCUCAAAAUAGGAUACAAAAUAAAAAAUGAAAAAGACAAAUGACAUAAUCCUAAUUUGAAACCAGGUCAGUCUGACUCCCCAAACUUCUAAGAAAUAGCAAAACCUUUUUGCAAAAAUAUUUUCUAAAAACCACCAUAUAUGGGAGUAAAAAUAUAUAUUUGUUUUUGUCUGCUCCUGGCUAGAAAACAGAUGUUAUCUCUCAAACUAAACAUUCAAAAUAGGUAAAGAAAUUGAAAGUGCAAUAAUAUAUACCGAUGUGAACUAUUAGAAAGCUGGAAGAAAGAAAAUCAGAUGUGCUGAGUAGAUGGCAGUACAUAAGUGAAGAGAAAAUGGGACUGGCAGAUAACUAGUUUCAGGAAAGACGAUGGUGAGAAGUCUCUAGAGUAGUUACACCUUAACACUGGCAUAGCUCUUAACAGUUUAUCACUCUGGAAAAUAAAUAAAUAACAAAUAAGGUAACACAUAAAAGUUGCAGGUCCAGAUGGGUUGGUUACCCAGCAAGAAUCCAGAUGAGUUGGUCUUGUAGUGAGUAAGACCUCCCAACUACUUCUAUUUUCUUAACUCACCACAGCUGUUCUCUUGCCACCAAGGGCAAGAGAUCCAGGACCCACGCUUUCAAAACUCGGACACACCCAACAGGGUAGACUGACAACAAGUAAUUGCGCAUCAUUUUACUAUCAACUGUAAUAGGAAAAAGUAUUUGAAAAUUAAAAACAAAAAAUACCAGUGCAGUGACUGGUUAUUUUUAGAGGGCUCUCAUGGCUUGCAUUAUGAUUUCAUCAUAAGUCUGCUUAUAUUUAACAUUUUUAAAUUUAGAGUAAAAUUCAUGUUUUAAAAAAAUCCAGUUGAUCUUAAAGCAAGAGAGUGCUUCAGCCACCUAGGACUUAGAGCAUUCUUUUAGUUUCUUCCUCCUCUUUUUCCCCAAACAUUUAUAGGUUUUGUUUUAUAUAUGUGUCUUCCUAAAAUGCUAAGUGAACAUUUGUUUUGUAUAAAUAAAAUAUUUAAACUGUAAUGAGGAACCUUGUGGUAAAGGAUUCUUAAAGUAAAUACUUUUUGUUUUCUAAUCGAAAGCAAGGUGCACUAAUUUAUUUUUGUAAAUUGAUCUCCAUAUAUCUUUUGUUAUAUGUAUAUGGCAGCACGCACGAAUGCGUGACUUUGAAGGUUCUAUGAUGCAGUCUCUGCCGGAGUGCAGAAGAUGAAGGACUGACUCUGAGUUUUGAGCAGGUGUACACAGACAUGAUAGAGUGAUCAUUUUAUCUGUUUCACUUAUUGAAAUUAUCUGGAUUCAUGAAAACAAUAGUAUUGAGAUAACAUGAGUGGAUAAAAUUGAUGGUUUUUUUCUACUUAUUGAUUUAAACUUUUACCACAUCAUAUCUUCUAAGUUACUAUUAAGAGAUCAAAAUGACCUCAAAUCCUUUGGGUUCAGCCUAUAUUUACUGUAUCAGAUUCUGUGAAGCUAAUCUCUGAUGCAGAGUAGGUUUUUCAAAAUAUUGUUGAAAUGAAUUUACUCUUACCAAGUCAUUCAAUUGCUUUUUAUUCCAGUCUAAAAUGAUUAAUUCUGGUGCUUUCUUCUGUCAAUGUGAAUCUAGAAUUCUAAGUCUAGCUGAAUGCUUUUCUUGAUUGGAGGAAUGCACAGCAAAGGGCAACUACACAUAAAAAGGUCAGGUUGUUUCCUGGCUGUGAUUUACAGGAAUAUCUGAAGAGUCUUAAGUCAGCUGGGUUGUUCACUUAUCUAACUCAGUAUUUGCUCCCACAGACAAUAAUAUAACAGCGGAAAAGGUAGAAAUGGGGAGAGAGGAUGUAUAGGGCACUGUGCUGUCCUCGUCUCAUUCUCAAACCCUUUUAGGAAAUAGGUCUAACCACUAUUGUAGAAAAGAGAAUAAUAAGGAUUACGGUAACUGAAUAACUUGCCAAGGUUCAUAUAAUAGAGUUCGUAAUUCAAAUCCAGUUCAUCAGACUCUAAGGAUGUGCCCCUACCACCCAAUAGCUUAUUUUCCAAUGUGAGGAAAGACCAUAAUCAAUAUAAUUAAGCUCAUAUUUUAAUAAACAGUAUGGGAAUUUCAU